AUGUCUCAACAGUUUCAUUACCAGAACAAUACAAGAGUCACUUCUAGCUCGCUGUUGGAUAAUCCAUCAGUGGCGUUCUGUGCGAGAUUCGGGAAAUUUCAGAGGAGAGAUUCUCAGUGUCAGGCAUUUGUGAAGAGAGUCAUAAUGAGUCGUCUUUUUAAGAUGAUUAUGAUUAGCAUCGUCUCACUGAAUGCCUUUUUUGUGGUCUUGUGGACUGAUUAUAAUACAAAAUACAACUUGUUCAGACUUUUUGAGGUCUCUGAGCUGGUCUUUGUGUCCAUCUAUAGCUCCGAGUUCUGCAUGAAGCUCUACGUGGACCCCAUCAACUACUGGAAGGAUGGCUACAACCUGCUGGAUAUAAUCAUUAUCAUCACUAUCUUCAUCCCCUACAGUCUCCGCAGAUUCAAGGGCAAGCACUACCCCUACCUCAACAUUGCUGAUGGCAUGCAGUCCCUGCGUAUCCUCAAGCUUAUCACCUAUAGCCGUGGCAUCCGGACACUCAUCACUGCCGUGGGGCAGACAGCCUACAUCGUGGCCUCCGUGCUCUUCCUGCUCUUCAUCCUCAUGUUCAUCUUCGCUAUCUUGGGCUUCUGCCUGUUUGGACUUCCAGACAGGGGUGAUCAGAAUAACUGGGGGAACCUGGCUGUGGCCUUCUUCACCCUCUUCAGCUUGGCCACGGUCGAUGGCUGGACAGACCUGCAACAGCAGCUGGACAGUCGCAACUUGGCUCUCAGCCGGACGUUCACCAUCAUCUUCAUCUUGCUUGCCUCCUUCGUCUUCCUCAGUAUGUUCGUGGGUGUGAUGAUCAUUCACACUGAGGACUCCAUUAAAAAGUUUGAGCGGGAGCUGUUGGCGGAGCGGCACAUGACGCUCAUGGAGGAGAAGCAGGUGAUUCUAAAGCGGCAGCAGGAAGAGGUCAGCAAGCUGAUGCAGAUGCAGAAAAAUGCUGACUACAGAAGUUUCAGUGAGCUGGUAGAGAACUUCAAGAAGACCCUGCGGCACACUGACCCCAUGGUCCUGGAUGAUUUUGGCACCAGCCUGCCCUUCAUCGAUGUCUAUUUGUCCACGCUGGACAACCAGGACACUACGAUCUACAAGCUUCAGGAGCUGUACUACGAGAUCGCGCACGUGUUGAGCCUGAUGCUCGAAGACUUGCCACAGAAGAAACAGUCCCAGUCCUCUGAAAAGGCUGAUGAGAAGUAG